AGGGAAGUGAAAGGAUUGUGUUUUUCAGUUCAGUUCAGUUCAGUUCCCUGUGGAACUUAUUGGGAAUAUACUGUGUGGAAUUUACUAUUGGAAUGUAAGGCCCGGAAUAAGACACGGUCACAGUCCUGCAUGUCUUGGGCCUACUUGUAAAGGAGUGAAGGCCUCUUCUGGAAGGUCUUGGGACGUCAGUAAGAGGGAGGAAGAGGAAGAAGGAGGAGGAGGAGGAGGAGGAGGAGGAGGAGAUGGGCUUCUCUCCGACCGUUCUUGCACUUCUUCUGUACUUGGGAUAUUCUCUCGUCUUCGCCCAGAAACUCUCUUCGACGGGGCGGAAUGUUUGCCUGGACCGCAGGGACGCAUCCUCUCUGGUCUGCUGCAAUGGCUGGCGUCAGCAGGGAGAGGAUUGCACUAUCCCUGUGUGUGAGGGGGAGAGAGCGUGCCAGCAGGAUGAGGUGUGUGUCUACCCGGGCAUGUGUCGCUGCCGACCUGGCUACUACGGCCCUGACUGCAAGACCAGCUGCCCGCCCGAGUACUGGGGGUCCGACUGCCGCGAGUUCUGCCUGUGCCACCCGCACGGCACCUGCGACCCGGCCACGGGCGAGUGCACCUGCCUGCCCAACCGCUGGGGCCCGCUGUGCCAGCACGAGUGCACGUGCGGUCGCCACGGCCGCUGCCACCCGCUCCACGGCAACUGCACGUGCGAGGAGGGCUGGUGGACGCCCACCUGCUCCAAGAUGUGCCAGUGCUUCCACCAGGGCACGGCGCGCUGCGACGCGGCCACAGGCCACUGCGCCUGCAACCGGGGCUUCUGGGGCCUGAAGUGCAGCCUGCGCUGCAACUGCUACAUCUCGGCGUGCGACCAGGGCACGGGGCACUGCCGCUGUGACGAGGGCUGGUGGGGGCCCGGCUGCGACCGGCGAUGCAACUGCGACUUCCAGCACGCCACCUGUGACCCCUCGACUGGGGACUGCCUGUGCGACCCCGGAUACAAGAACCCUGUGUGCCAUGAGCCUUGCGGCCCUGGGUACUAUGGAAGGGGAUGCCAGAGCAAGUGUGGACAGUGUUUGAAGGGUGAUACGUGCAAUAGGGUGAACGGCUCCUGUGCCGCCUGCAAUCCAGGAUGGAACGGAACGCGUUGUGACCAGCUGUGUCCGUCUGGACUCUAUGGUGACCGGUGUAGUCAAACAUGUCCGCCGUGUAGGAACCAAGAAGCUUGCAGCCCAGUGAACGGGGAGUGCACUCGCUGCAACCCCGGCCGGACUGGACCCAGGUGUGACAAGCUGUGCCCAGAGGGGAGGUUCGGAGAGGGCUGCCGUUACCGCUGCGGCCUCUGUAUCCACGGCCACUGUGACCCUGUGACAGGAAGCUGCCUGUGCCAGUCCGGCUUCCAGGGACACAGCUGCAAUGACACGUGUCCAGAUCACCUGUAUGGCGCUAACUGCUCCUCCGCUUGCCACUGCACCCAAGUGGCCUGCCACCCUGAAACUGGAGCCUGCCUAUACAGUACUCCCACGGGUCUCAUAGUGGGUAUGCUGCUCCUGGUGCUGUUCCUGCUGCUGAUGGUGUGCUGCUGCUGCUGCUGCUGCUGCGGACAAGCCCUCAGGGAGGCCAAGGAGAGUGUUCCCACGAGUGAUGACAGCCCAGCCCUGAGGAUGAAGCACCAGGUCUACAGUGUGCUGGCAACCGUCAGCUCAGCCGUCCCGUGCAUCAGCCUCUGGUCCUCCGGCCUGCCUCGGGUCACAGUGUCUCACCAUGAUCCUGAGCUGACCUUCAACCACAGCUUCAUUGAGCCGCCAUCCUCCGGCUGGAUAACGGAGAACUCCUUCGAGACGGACGAGGAGGAAGAGGAGGGGGAGGAAGGAGAGGCUCUGUACUGCGUACCACCCAGAGAAGACAUCUCCACUCUGGGAGGGGGCCAGUUCCAGGAGCUGAGCUCUAAGUGCAACAUGUUCCCGGACCCCUCGUCCUUCAGCUCCGAGGACAUGUCCCUGGCCUUUGGCAUCCCGCGCACCUCCAGCAUCGCCAAGUCCAAGCGGCCCUCCGUCUCCUUCGCAGAGGGCACCAAGUUCAGCCCCCAGGAGCUGCCCGCCGCUGCUGCUGCCUCCGCCACCGCCACCACCACCUCCACCGCCGUCACGGGGGGCCGCAAGCCCAAGUCCCCCUGGGGGGUGCUCAUGGUCUCGGCCCUCCAGGGUCUGGCGGGAGAGGGUGGUGGUAGUUGUGAGACGGGUGGGGAACGGGAGCUAACCGCUGCCGGCGCGGGAGGAGAGAUCGCUGUGGAUGAGCAUGGGGGUGUGCAUGAGGAGGAGGAGGAGGAUAGGGUAGAAACAGCGGUAGAGUACCGUAGGCCCAGUGCUGCUGCUGCUGCUGCCACGGCCCACGCCAUGGUAACCACCACCGCACCCGCACCCGCACCCGCACGCAGUGGCAGCAGCCGACGCCGCACUCUGUCCAACCCCACCAAGAGGAACGCACAAGCCCAGGACCAGAGCAGCCACCAGCUGCCAGACGGAGGGUCAGAUAAGGUGACCACGGUGUACGUAACGGUCGGGAAGGCCUCUCGGGGGACGUCGUCCAAGCCAGACGGCUGCUCGUCGGAGGGCCCCGUGCAGGCCAUGCUGCGCAGGCUGGGCAGCAUCCAGAGGCAGCGGGAGGAGGCCGGCAGCAGGCUCCACAAGGCCCGCGGGGAGGUCGCCGCCGUGGUCAAGCCCCCGCGGAGGAAGCUGGGGACGCGGGCAGCAGCGUGGGAGCAGGCCCUGGGGGGCCUCGUAGGAGCUGGUAGUGGAGGUGGAGGAGGAGAGGGGAGCUCCCAGGUGGCCGCUGUGCCCAUGAGGAAGCCCAGCCGUCGGAAGCAAGCGUCCCUCAGCUCCCCCCCAGGUGGUUCUCAGGAGGGCACCACCACUACCACUACCGUCACCACCACUCCAAAGAGGCCGCUGUCCUCCAUCCUCAAGAGUGUCCCCGAGCGGGGGACCCCCACCUGGGAGGCAGGGAAGGGGGUACAGCAGCAGCAGCAGCAGCAGCAGCGCCCCGAGCCCAGAGAUGGAGCCUGCUGCUCUGGUGGUCACGCAGCAGAGGACGGGUACCUGACUGUGGGGCCUCCUGCAGGCAAUAUGGCCGAUCUGGGGGAGGUCAUCGCCAAUGACGUCAUCGUGGCCUAUGACGACAAUGGACCACAGUACGAGAACGUCAUGCACUAUGAAUACUCGCAGAACAGUGCCAAUUAUGAGAAUAUACAUCGCAUUUGAUCUUUGUCAUCUUUGGCUAGUUUAUACAAUUACUGUAUUAGCCUGCCUUAGUCCUUGGUACUUAGUCGGCGCCAACCAACUAUCGCAUUAGCGUUGCGCACCAUCCUACGUACUUCCGCCAAGAGACUUGACUCCGUAACGCCUGCGUUAUGCUGUUGUUGAGUAACUGUCAGCGAUUGGGUGAGAGCGGUCCAAUCAUUUCGAAUCAGAACUGAGUGCAAACUUCCCGCUUCCUGCAAUCGCGUCAGAUCAAACAACCUCCAGACCAUGAAUACAGAAUAAAAUGGUAGUAUUCUGGGAUGGUCAGGACCAGACUACUACCGCAUACCCUGCAUAGUCAGAACUAUCUCUCUCUCAACCAUUACAACAAAUCUGGGAUGCAUUUCUGGAAAGCGUAGCUUAUGUUAGCUACUUUGUUGGUUGCAAUGCAAUUUCCCUUUGGCAACUACCGAAGUUGCUAACUGUCAACAACUACGCUUUCCUGAAAUGCACCCCUGUCUGGUAACAUAGAUUUGUUUCAUGUAUAAAUCUCGUGCUAGAAUCAAUUUACAUAUAUAAAGAAACAUGUUAUUGUAUCUUAUCCAAUUUGUUAUGACCAUAGAAUAAUGUUAUUUUUUUUCUUGUCAGCUGUUGUACUUAAACCCACAAAAAAAGAUAUGAAUGGGAUUCUUUCAGGUGACAUGCAACACUGUGCUGCUCAGUGUGGAUAGAAAUGACAGAAGUUGAUUGCCCCCCCCCUUUCCCUUUUGUGCAUGUGAUCUUCUGUGAUGUAUACAUUUCAGGUAAUUAAGUAAAUAAAUGAUUUUGCAUGUCUGAAGUCAAAAUCUAGUAGUAGUAAGCGAAUGGAUUUUACUUUGGAGCACAGGAUUGAUAAAUGCAUUCAGGGAAAAGAUUUUCAUAAAUAAAAGU